GCCAUCCCCUUCUCAUUCCGCUGCUGCCAUGGCCACCAAGCAGAAGGCCUAGCAGGACAGGAGUGCUGGGCAAGGGCUAGAAAUGUUGAGGUUGCCCUCCCUUUUGGGACUGCUGAUGUUGCUGGCAUCCUCUGCUGCGCCACCAGUGCCUCCCGUGGGCAGCCCCCUGUCUGAUGGUGAGUACCAGCUCUUCUUCUCCAGCCUGUGGCCAACCUGGAAGGCUCAUGCAUCCUGCCACCUACGUCAGACCUUCGGCUGCCUCAGCCCUGCAGUCCUGCGGCUGGACCAGCAGGAGAACCAUGGCCGUGUCCCUGAAGGACCUGUCUGCUCUGCCUUCCCUGAGGCACCAUGGUUUCAGACCUUCUGCCAGUUUGCCCAGUAUCGCUGCUCCAAGCGCAAAUUCUAUGUCAAGCGAAUCCCAUGUCCGAGGUUUUUUCCAAAAGGCCUUCUUCAUCCAGAGCAGCAACCAUAUGAUGUGGACUUUUGGGCAAAAGAUGAAAGCUCUCCUACAGAAGCAGUACCAGAGAAGCCGCCUCUUUCUCCUGCUGACCUCCAUCUGCACUCCAACGUGGACAUGCUCCUGAAGUACUCCUAUGCACUUUCAAGUCAGAAACCACUGGUGCGGAAGGUCCCACCAGCCAUACCAGUGGUGCCCAGACCGCAGCAGGACAGGGGUCCACCUGUACCACCAUCUGCCCUGCCAGUCCCACCCGCCCCUGCCCCCUCGCGAUCCCAUGCCUGGGCAGAGAGCACUUGGGAGCAUCGCCUGCAGCGUGGCGUCUGGCAGCUCAUCAGUGCAGCCCUCUCCCUGGAGACCCUGGAAGGCACAGAAGUCCCCGCCAUCACUUCAGGUCUGGGGAGUGUGACCAGCGGCGCAAAACAGAGGAUGCAGGACAUGUCCCCCCCCGGCAGUCUUCUUGCCCUGAAGAGGAAGGAAGCAGUGAUGAUCCUGUGCUAUGCAGUGCUGGAGGGAGUCUGUAUCUCCUCAGUUGUCACCCAGGCAUGGAAGGAGUUGGAAGAAAAAAUCCUCGGGUUCGGAGAUUCGGUGUGUGACAGCCUUGGGCGGCAGCAUAUGGGCCUAUGCCCUACCUGCGCUUUCUGCUCACUGAAAAUGGAGCAGUGCCAGAACAUCUACAACCUGAGGCGCGUUCACUGCAAGACAGGCAGCUUCAUCGCAUACAUCAACCCCCAGAUCUCAGUCCAGCAUCGGGCUGCAGGCAACAAGACCAGCUCUCCAGAGCCCUCGGAGUACUUCGGUACACAGGUUUCCAGUGGCCUGCGACCAGAAUACUGGUGCAGCCUGAUAGCCACCCAAGGCUGCGAUGACCCUCGUGUGAUGCUCUGGCUGCAGGCAGAAUAUGCAACCUUCCGAGCAGGGGAUGUCCCAGGCAAGAUCUGCGACUCGGGUGGAGUUCAGCACCCCACUUACUGCGCCUUCAAAAGCCACCAGUGCUUGCAGCACAGCCUCUACAACCAGAGGGCUCUUCUUUCAGGUGAUUCGCCAUGGCUGCUUCACAAACCAGACCUAUCACGUUCUGAGUGAGGAAGAGGGAAAGGAGGAAGUAAUGCGCUGGCACCAGAGGUUCCUCAGCCUCACUGAAGGAUAAGGUGCAGUGGUGGGCAAGGUGCAAGGGGUGCAGGACACCAGAGCAGGCUGCAUGGAAUUGUGGCAGUGCAGAGAACCCAAACAGCUCUUUCCAGGCUCCAUGCUGGUCAGUCAACUGUCCAUGGCCAAAUCUCAUCACUUGAGCACCUACUCUGCAUCCCUGACAGCAGCACAUCAGGAGAGGAGCUGAAUCCAACAGCAUUUCACCCUGCUGCCCACUGAAACUCCUCUUGAAAAGGUUUUCUCCAGAUGAAGGAGCCUGGGAAAGCUGUUGUCCCCAGUAUAUGGAUUUAGAGCCACCUGCAUGAAGUCCCCAGCAACCCUUAGCCUUCCUGAUCCUGCAGGCUUACAUCAAUCAGUAGCAUUACCAAGGCUGAACCAUAUUUUAUAAAGAGCCCAUAAACCUAA